GCGUUAGUCACACUCGUAUUGUUAAGUUAAGACUAGACCUCCCUGCUCUUUUUGAACGAAUAUUCACGGACAAUGGGCUGGAUACUGGGACUGUUGCUUUGCCUCUGUGCAGGACUUUUAACUAAUCAGCAGCACCAAAGAAGUGGUGUCAUAUCAGUCAACACGUCCACAUCGGGCUUGACGGAUGCAGAGGGAGCUGCUUUGGUGCCAGGACCGGGCUACUAUCACGAAACCAGAAUCGGCGAAAAGCCAUUUGGUGUUGGUAAAGGCAAAGGCAAAGGCAAAGGUAAAGGUAAAGGUAAGGCUUCGACCUUGCGAAAUGCAGGAACUGAUAUUGUUGUUAUCAGCGAGAGCAAGCAUACCCAUAAUGGCGAUGUAAACAUUGUCCAAUCCAAAGUGCAAACUAUUACGAAAAAGCCAAAAUUGAAACCUAAAGUAAAAUGGCAAGAUCCAUCUCAAGAAGUGCCUCAGCCACGAAGGCUGCCUCUAGUACAGAAUCCACCUCCAGGAAUACCACGGCCACAGCCACAGCCACAGGCACAGCCACAGCCACAGCCUACAGUACAGGAAGUACCUCAAGUAAUAAAACUGGCACAACCACUGCCUCCAGUGCAGAGAGUUUCUCUACGAGUAACACAGCCAGAACCACUGAUCCAGCUAAAACCACUGGUUCAGCCAAUACGCCAGAUCCCGCCACAGCCAACGGUUCAGCAAAAACCGAGUCUGGGAUGGCCAUUAAGUGAAUAUCCUUGGCUAAGCUCCAUGAUUAGAGGAAAGAGACAAUAUGUUAUUGAACCAAGAAGCGAUCCAAAGUCCGAUGUGAACGAGGCAAACUUGUAGUCCAUCGGCCCAAAAAGCGAUCUGCUAAGUUAGACAAAGAAAAUUUGUUUUUAAUAAAAACAUUCUUUUAAAAAUAAGCCCAAACCCAAGCAAUUGGAAUUUCAGCACAGAUUUCUUGUCCAAAAGCUUUUAUCAAACUCUGUUUUAUCGUUUGUUUAAGCAGAAUUGUAAUAACCUGAAAUUUAUUUUGCAAUUUAAAACUUUUGAAACCCAACU